AACUCCAGUAGGAGGAGGAAAUUAGCAGAAAGCAACAGGCUUUUAAACUUUAAAAAGACAGAUUAAAGUGUCUGAACCUGCCACUUGUUCAUUUUAACUUUCAAGCAUUUCUUUGGAGCUUGUAUUCUUCAUUUUGGAUAAGGAAGGUAGGCGUUUUUGACAAUGGGUGAUUGGAGUGCCUUAGGACGACUUCUUGACAAAGUCCAGGCCUACUCCACUGCAGGAGGGAAGGUAUGGCUGUCAGUUCUCUUCAUAUUCCGCAUCUUGCUAUUAGGAACUGCAGUGGAAUCCGCUUGGGGAGAUGAACAGUCAGCAUUUCGUUGUAAUACUCAGCAGCCUGGUUGUGAAAAUGUCUGCUAUGAUAAGUCAUUCCCAAUCUCUCAUGUACGUUUCUGGGUUCUUCAGAUCAUAUUUGUUUCUACUCCUACCCUGUUAUAUUUGGCUCAUGUGUUUUACUUGAUGCGUAAAGAAGAAAAGCUAAACAGGAAGGAAGAGGAACUUAAAGUUGUUCAGAAUGAUGGGGGCAAUGUGGACAUGCACCUUAAGCAAAUUGAGAUAAAAAAAUAUAAGUAUGGCAUUGAAGAACACGGCAAGGUCAAAAUGCGAGGUGGACUACUCCGCACCUAUAUCAUUACCAUUUUAUUUAAAUCAUUCUUUGAAGUUGGAUUCAUUCUCAUCCAAUGGUAUAUGUAUGGCUUUAGCUUGAAUGCGGUCUAUACAUGUCAGAGAGAUCCCUGCCCACAUAAAGUAGAUUGCUUCCUUUCUCGUCCAACUGAGAAAACCAUAUUUAUCUGGUUUAUGUUGGUAGUUUCUCUAGUAUCCCUUGCUUUGAAUAUCAUUGAGUUGUUCUAUGUCACCUACAAAAGUGUCAAGGAUAACAUCAAAGGAAAAAGAGAGCCAUACUCUCCCAGAAGUGAUGUAAACCCAGCAAAAGACUGUGGUUCUCCAAAGUAUGCUUAUUUUAAUGGGUGCUCUUCUCCAACUGCUCCAAUGUCACCACCAGGUUACAAGCUUGUUACUAGUGAAAGAAAUGCUUCGUCCUGUCGUAAUUAUAACAAGCAAGCAAGUGAACAGAACUGGGCCAAUUACAGUGCAGAACAAAACCGGAUGGGUCAAGCAGGAAGCACCAUUUCUAACACUCAUGCACAGCCGUUUGAUUUUCCAGAUGAACAUCCAAAUACAAAGAAAGUAACUCCUGGACUUGAGCUACAGCCUAUUGCUAUAUUAGACCAUAGACCAUCAAGCAGAGCAAGCAGUCAUGCAAGCAGCAGACCCCGACCUGAUGACCUGGAGAUAUAGUGCACAUCUGCAACUUUUAUUCCAAUGGAGAUGGUACUUAGUCUCACUGGAGAUUUAACAAACUUAUAAAAAACAAAACUUUUGUAAAGUAUUUUUUAUGAAGAGGGAGGUACAUUUUGGUAUUUAAAUAGCUUAUUACUAAAAGACUAAGAAGACUAGACUUCACAUACAUCUUUUUAGAAUGUAUGUAUAAGAUAGAUUAUGUGUUUUAAUGUACCCAGAGAAAAAAAAUGUUUAAGGAUAGAUGUUGUAUUGAUGAAUAAUUGGUACAAAACUACUUUUUUAAAAAAGGGGGUUUCUUACUGAGCUGUUUUAAAUUAGAUAAAUGAUAGUUUGACUGUCUGGAACAGUAUUUAACUAGUUCUGCAAUAUUUUUCUAGAGACAUGAGUCAAUAUAUAGUGGGGUUCAUGGUUUCUUUCUAUUUUUAAGGACUUAAGUCACUUUAAAUAUUGCUGAUUUCUGAAGUGUCCUUUUUGGGUGAGGAAAUUAGUCUGUUACCUUUUGCUGUAUGAAAGAGAAGUUGACGCAGUACAAUUCAAAGCAGGGAAUCACAGUGCUUAGACUGCAUUGAAUUAAACACAGACCCUGACAUCCUUAACACACAAAAUCUAAAUUCACUAACUAUGCUAAUACAUUUUCAGUGAUAAUAAAAAAAACUCUCCUAUCAUAUUCUAUAAAUCUGAGCCACUGUAUUGUUUUGUAGCUACUCUAGUCUUUGUGAACCAGUUCUGUAUAUCAGUGACUAGAGACCUCUGUACCCUAUAUAUUAUAGGACUAGUAACAAGUUGACUUGAAGACCAAUACAUUAUAAGUUGUAGACCAAACAAGAAAUUUUACUCUACAUUUUAAUGUUGUUAUUAUUUAAUGUAAAUUUGGGUUCUAAUUGUUUUUCCUGUUUUAUUCUGUAGCAUAAAAUUCAUUUCUGAUAAUGUAGUCUCACCAAGCACUGUGAAAAACAGAUUUCUGUUGGAAAAAUAGCUAAAGGAAAUGCAUAUGGGACAAAAUAUCAAAUUCUAAUAGUGUGAAUCCACUUGUUCCAUAACAUUACCAAGCGAUAAACCACUAUUGAUAAAACAUCUCAGAAAACAUCCAUUUCUCCCAGUGAUUUCCUAAAUCAUAAUACUUUAACUUCACUGUGUCUGUGAUACACAUUCCAAUAUUUUUCUCCUACUUCCAUAUAUCCAUAAUUCAUUUGUUACAGAUUCUAAAUUAACUCCAUGGAUUGUCAAUACAACUUAAUGGAAACCAACUUCUUACCUGGCAUGAUAAACUGUGUAUGAUAUGUUAUUGAAUCAGACCUGCUGUGACCAAAUGAUAUGGAGUCUAUAAAAAAAACUGUUACAAGUGAAAAAAUGUCCUACAGUUGCUCUAACAAAGAAAACAGGUACCUGGUACAUCAGAAAACAAUGUCAAUACAGAAGCAUCAAGCAGAUCUGAUGUAAUGGUGUUUACAUAGUCCAAACAUGCAUUUAAGGCACAUAAUAAACUUUUCUAUACAAUAUUGUUUUUUUUUAAUGUAUCCAAACAUGGAUGCUAUCAAGGUUAUUGUUAGGAUCUUCUUUAAUCUGCUUUCAUUAAAUGGGAGAAAUACUUUGCUGGCGUAAAUGAUUCUAUUUCAUUAACAUGUAAUCAAAAUAUGCUUGAAUGAUAGUUGUAGUACUGUAAAAAGGUUUAAUUUGGUUGUAAUGUGAGAAGUGUAGAUGAAAUGCAUAGAGCUGGAACACGAUUUAAAUAUAGCUACAUGGGUUUUGCAUUAAGCAGACCCACACAUGUGAAUUAUGUACUGUACAUUAGACGUCAUUAUACUGAUGAGAUACAUUUUGUACGUUUGAUCAUAAAUUCAUAAUUUGGUUGCUUCAACCAUUGUUUUGUUUGCACUUAGGGUUUGAUUGGAAUACAAGAUAGCCUGGAAUGACGAUUAUUCCAUAAUACAUAUUUAGAACUAAUUUAUUUUAAAAUACUGCAUCUCUUAGACACCACAACAUGAUAUCUACAGUUAUAUUAUUUUAAUCCAGCUCUAAACAUUUAAAUGCUUUUUACCCCUAGGCUCAUGGGAGGAAAAAAAAAGCAUUUCUACCCUACACAGAAUUCAAAUGUUUUGAUGUUUUUCAUAAACUACUGUUACGUUCAGCUUCAUUGCAUGUAAGCAGUCAUGGUUAAUUUGCACAUGGUCUCUGAAGUGCUUACUUUAGUCAAUAAAGUUCUACUUUAGUA